CCUACUUUCCAUGUAAAAACAUUGAUUGAUCGACCCUUGCUGGUCCAUGUAAUUCUUUCAUACAAAUUAAAUAUUAAGUUUAUUGUUACAGUCCACUUUUCGUAAUUUAGAAUAUUUCAAACACACUGACUCGAUUCAGAAGUAAUCGAAACGCACACAAUGGUCCACGCCUAGCCGGAACUUUGAACAAAUAAAAAUGGAUAUUAAGACAGCGAAUCGUCAGUGUGGAGCUUUGAAAGCUAAAUUAACAAAUUUAGAACAUUACGUUACGUCAAUUAAAGCAAUGUCUGCGGUGGAAGAGAAACCAACGCUCAUUGAAUUAAAUCAUAAACUAGAUAAUCUCAAGAAAUUUGAAACUGAUUUGGAAAAUCUACGGCUACAAUACUACAAAAUUGCAAAAGAUGAAGAUAUAGAAGAGAUCGAUUCAUCCCUG